CGCCCAGCACGACACAAACACACCUCCACUGCUCUGCUCUAAGUAGCUAGCCAAGCUUUGCUCACUUUCACUUGCGACUUGCAAGCUUUGCUCCUGAAACCAAUGGCCUCCACCGCGGCGCUCCAGGCGGCCAUCGUCUGCACGCUGCUCCUGUUCGCCGGACAGCUGCUCCCCACGGCCACGCCGGCGCCGGAGGCGCCGUUCAGAUGCGCUCCAGGCGACGCAAAGUGCCUGGCCUGCGUUGACAAGUGCAUGGAACCCUGCCGGCGGGACCCGACCCAGUGUCGUGUGACCCUCCGCUGCGAGCCGCAGUGCGCGGCACAUUCGUCGAGCCCCCCGCCGCCACCGCCGCCGCCGGAGGUGCCGUUCAGAUGCGCGCCAGGCGAUGCAAAGUGCCUGGCCUGCGUUAACAAGUGCAUAGAACCCUGCCGGAGGGACCCGACCCAGUGUCGUGUGACCCUUCUCUGCGAGCCGCAGUGCGCGGCACAUUCGUCGAGCCCCCCGCCGCCGUCGCGGGAGAGUGGCACUUGUGCCCGGACCAACGCCAAGUGCCUGGCCUGCGUCAAGAAGUGCGGGGAUAGAUGCCGGCGGGACCCGACGCAGUGCCGGAUGACCAUGUACUGCGAGCCGGGAUGCGCGAUACAGACGUCGAGCCACCGCCCGCCAAAGGACAUCUGCGGCCCAGCCAAGGGGAAGUGCGUGUCCUGCGUUAACAAGUGCAGGGAAACAUGCCAGGGGGACCCGAUAAGUUGUGGCGGGCUCCUCGACUGCGAGAAGGGAUGCGCGCACCAGAAGCAGUAGCUCCUACUGUGAAAGCUAGUCGAGUUCAAGCGGAGGGAGGGCCGAGGCACACGUUAGACGCACUUCCCUUUCUUGCUUUCAUGUCAUGUCGAUCGUGUCGGUCAUCGUGGUUGUUUUAGAUUUGGUCUAUGUCGUGUCGGUGGUCGUUGUUGUUUUACUAGUUCGACUAGGCUUUGGUUGCAGGAGUUGCUUCAAAAUAAGGGACCGGAUGGAUCCCAUCCACCAUCCAUGGGUAUGUAAUAUGUACUGGAAGCAAACGCGCGCGUUGCUGCGCCG